AUGAUGUUGGUUAAACAUAUUGUUGAAUUUUUUGGAAUUAAGAAUGGACAACUAUCCAUUAUUGAUGGGAAUAAUCUUGAACUUGAAGAUAUUAAAAAAUUGAAUAAAGUUUUUGACGAAUGUAAUGUAAAUGUUUUAUUUAUUGAAUUCAUUACUGGGGAGGGAAUUGAAGAAGAUGAUUAUUCGGAGGAGGAAGAUGAUGAGGAGAAUGAUUUGAUUGAGCAAGAAGGUUUAAGUUUUAUUAAAUUUAUUAAUUUUGGGAAACAAAUCAUUGUUAAUAAUGAGAAGCAAAAUUACCUUUUGAAUAAACUUGUUUUCUUUUUGAUGAAUUUGAAAGAUAAGAAGGGAUCUAUUUAUUUAGUUAAAGAUAUGGAUGGUAGUCAAGAUUUUAAAAAUGGGAGAAUUUCGAAGAUAUGUCAAAUUGUGGAGGAAAGAAUUCAACGUCAAAUUUUAAUAAAAUCUCAUUUCAAUUAUCGAUCUGUUCUUAUUAAGAAUUCAUUUUUGGAAGUUUGGUGUGAUGAAUUCAAUGAAAUUAAGUUGUUAUCAAACGAUGAAAUUACUGUGGUGAAGAAACCAAUCUUACGGAAAUUAAAUUUUGGUGUUAUGGAAGGUUUAAAUGAGGAAAUCAUUAUGAAUCAAUUUGAAUCUGAAUAUGAAUCAUAUGUUUUAGAUUCAUAUCAUCAUAGAUAUCCCAUGGGAGAGUCAUAUCAUGAUGUUGCCAUUAGAAUGGAACCCUUAUUAUUAGAAUUGGAACAUAUUGAAGGAAAUUUAAUCAUAUUGGCAGAUGAAACUGUGUUAAGAAUAAUCUAUGGAUAUUUUAUGUCACGUAAUUGUCUUGAUUUACCGCUGUUAAAACUGGAAGACAAUGAAUUUGUGCAAAUGUCAAUAUGUCCCGAGGGUAAGAAUACAGUGUUAAGAAUUCCAUUGAAUAAUUAA